GACUCGAACGGCACCGACGGCGCCCGAGCUCCCAAAGUGACCUGCGAGGAGGGGAACGCCACCGGCACCGAGCGCUCGGCGCUGCGGAUCCUGAACGUGUCGCAGGACCUGAUGGAAUUCUUAAACCCAAAUGGCAGUGACUGCACGUUAGUGCUGUUCUAUACGCCGUGGUGCCGCUUUUCUGCCAGUCUGGCACCUCAUUUUAAUUCCUUACCUCGAGCGUUUCCGACUCUUCGUUUCCUGGCACUGGAUGCAUCUCAGCAUAGCAGCUUAUCAACUAGAUUUGGAACUGUGGCUGUACCAAAUAUCCUCCUUUUCCAAGGUGCUAAACCUAUGGCUCGAUUUAAUCAUACAGACAGAACACUGGAAACGCUGAAAGACUUCAUUUUUAAUCAAACAGGUAUAGAAGCUAAAAGCGACGUGGCUGUGACCAAGGAGGACUGGGAAGGUCCCCUGCCCAGCGUUCUGACGAAAGGCAUAGACUGGCUGCUUCUGUUCUCUUUGCUCUUCCUGGCUGGCUUUGUCGUGUACGCCACCGUUCGAACGGAGAGCAUCCGGUGGCUGAUCCCGGGACAGGAGCACGAGCAUCAGGAGUAA